UGCGCMCGUUAUCCCAUUCCCGUGUUCCGCAUCACUCAUUUUAUAAAAACAAAUGCUCUCCUAAAACUGUAUGAACAAGUUAAGGACAAAAUUAACAUGACAGUCCUCCUGUGUAAAUGCGUGGCCAAGGUGUUGCUGAAGCAUCCCAUCAUUUACUCUACCUUCAUCGAUGAGGGCGAGGGGAAAAUAUUAUUUAAUGAAGACGUUCACAUUGGGAAUGCCCUGGGAUUGAAGAACUCCCUGCUGACCCCCGUGCUCAAGCGGGUUAACAAGGCGGACAUAUACACCCUGGCCGGAGAGUGGAAGAAGCUAGUCGAGAAAGGCAAACAGGGCCUGCUGACGGCCGGCGAAAUGUCGGGCAGCAACUUCUACAUCUCCAACCUGGGCAUGCUCAACACCUACCAGUUCGACGCGACGCUGCCCCCAAACGUGUCGUGCAUCCUGUCCGUCGGCACCAACAUUGCGCGCGUCGAGAAUUUGGAAGACCUGAAGAUCCAGCGGGGCAUGAUGAUGACGCUCACCUGCGACCACCGCCACAYUUACGGCUCGCACGCGGCUGCCUUCAUGAGCGACUUGGCGGCCUUCGUCGAGCGGGACAUCAUGCAGG